AUGGCAAGCAAUGCUCCCGAUAAUGCUGGAGCGACGCUUUUCCUCCAGUCGCUCCUGGGAAAGCAACUGCGCAUUACCACAACUGAUACACGCAUCUUCGUUGGCCAGAUGAGAUGUACUGAUAGGGAUCAAAAUGUAAUUCUGGCAGGAACGCAUGAGUACCGCCAUCCUUCACCAGCAGCAAUUCGUUCUGCUUCUGCUAAAGCUGCCGCGACGGUGCCUGAGCAGUCGAAAUUCAAGCUGGAUAUGACAAGCCGAUACUUGGGACUCGUCGUCGUUCCGGGCAUGCAUAUUUCCAAGAUUGAAUUGGAAGAAUUUCGGCCCCUCGCCUCUACUGGCUGA